AAAGACGUUGCCGAUGGACAGACGUCCCCAUACUAGGAUCGGUGAAGUGAUCUAGUGGGACGUGGUAUACCAUCAACGACAUGAAGAUCGCACGUGUGAUUACGAUCUGCGUCGUAUUGAUAUCGAUGUUCCUCGAUGCAGAAGCCGUGCGUUCCAAAAGGCGAUCGCAACCAAAGGAUCAUUUGCCGCAGUCCAAAUACCAAAAUGGCACCAACACCAACGAAAUAUUCACUACCUCUCGACCAGAAGCUCCAAGACCAGAACCAACCCAGACCCGCAACCAACAAACGUUGCAUACAAAUAUUCCCCUAGGUGCAAAGAAGAAGACCCUGACAGUUCGCACAGAUCGUUCGAAGCCAUCGCGAUCACGUGGUGUAAAUCGAUACAAAGCAAAUCGACGUAGAAGGCAGCUUCAACAUUCUGGCGCAAAAUCCGGCGUUCAUACGGGACGAUCGUACGACGUCAAGGAGAACUAUAUCGAAAACCAGCAAAUAGAAACUGUGCAAGGACCUGCGGAAGCUUUCGACGAAGGAGCAGUUCGCAUCGAGCCCGUAUACAGGGUGACGAAGAAUAGAAACAUAUUGGAUUCGAUCGUGGAUAUAGUUAAAAAGAUAGUCGAUCCUCCAAAACCAUUGGGUCCCCUCGUUGGACCGUUCAAUUUCCCAGGAAUAGGUGAUAAGGUGUACAUACGACUUCUGGAACCAUUAAAUUCCAAUCAUCUGAUGAUACGAUUGAUAACCCAUUUACCGGCUACAGAAAUCGAGUCGACGUUUGAUAAAAAUAUUCUUCCACCCACUGAAAUAAUAGAACACCCUGAGGUCUCGAUAAUCAGCCACGAAUCACUUCCCCUGUCUAAGGAAGGAUUGAUCGGCUCGUAUGAGCAUCAUCAUAGUGACGUUCAUUCGAUUUCUUCGGAUAGUCUGUUGUCUUCUAGCGACAACGUUGUUCAAGUUUCAAAACCAUCGAACGCUCACGUUCAAAACAUCGGACGCACGAAUGGUUACACUACAGGGAAUCGCAACUUUAGGACGUAUAAACUGAAUUUCAAACAUGGGAACGUACACGGUGUCCAGAAACUCGGACAUCAUAAAAGACACCCAUCUUUGGUUUCACCGUCGAGGAACAAUCAUGUGAAUUCUGUUUCUCCUUUCAAGCUACCUGAUCAAGCAAAUAAGACGCAAGGUAGUCAGCGAGCAACUGGUUUCCAAGGUUCGGUCGAUCACGUGUACCCAUACUAUCCAUCGCUAAACGAAUCUAAUAACGAACAUUCGAAACUGCUGACCAUCGAUUUCCAGCAAUUGCAGACUCCGAUAAACGUUUCAGUCUCGGAGCACGCAACUUAUAGUAAUCCAACCACUUCGUACGACAGGUUUCCAAAUGUCGAAACUUUCACGAGUCCGCGAAUUCCAACUUCGAUCAAUCAAGAACGUCAAUCGAAGAAUAAUUCUAAAGGAUCUACCGAAGAUGGUCCGAAAUAUAGCAUCGAGUUUGCAAGUAAGAACAUGAGGUAUCUUAAUCUGGACGGAAGCGUGGAGCCCGCCAUUAAGAAUAGCAACGAUGAAGGUUUCAAGCCAAUGGAGCUGAGCCCUGUUCACUCAAAAGUACCCAGAUCCGUCGAUCCUCAUUGGAAGGUUCGCAAGGGAAUAAACGUACGACCGAGCGAAACGAUUGAAUCAUCGACGAGUAAAGCAAAUCACGGAGGAUUGCAAAAGAGAAGCGUCGGUAAUGGUGACGCGUUUUUAGAGACGAUUCGGAACUUAAACGACGAUAGGAUGAAUUAUUUAAAUACACGGCCACGGCCAAGACCGCGAAGAAGUCGACGAAGCCGAAGUGUUGCUCGCAAGAAUAAAGAGAUAUAAGAAUAAUAAAAAUAAGAA